AAUGAAGCAAACUUAUAUGCUUUAGAAUUUCAACGGCAGCAAGAUGUUAAACUUAUAAAUGAAUAUCGGCAAAUAAUUAAUGACGAUCAGCAAAUAAUCAAUGAAUUAAAGUCUCAAAUCAAGGAUUUAUUAUUUGAAAAUCAA